AUGAAAUCGACAGCUUCUAUUGGAAUUCAUUUGAAUAUUCCGGAGCAAACAUCACAAUAUUCAUCAUUUGGUCCUGAUCAUAUACCAACAUUGCCAGCGACAGUAACAAUAACAAAAAAUAAAUUUGCAACAACAACUAUUCCUAAUUCAUUAUCAGGAAAUCUAGAUUGUGGACCACGAUUUACUCGUUUUAGCAGUGUUAGUAGUAGUUAUGCUCAGUUUUUAAAACAACGUGAUAUGGAUAAAGUUAAAAAAAUUUUAUCACAAGAAGAUCAACGUUUUUUAUUAUCAUCGAGUGAAUGGGUUGAAGAUGUUAAAGAUAGUGAUCCAUAUGUUUCUGUUAUUAGUCGACUUGGUGAAGCUAUACAAGAUUCUGAAACAUUAGUCGAAUUUGUGAAGAAAUCAUUUUCCAUCGUUACAAAUACAUGUAAUGUAUAG